CAUCUCUCUCUUUCUCUCUCUGUGCCAUGCUCUGGCCUUCUAUUUAAUACAAUCUUACUCACUCUAAAUCCCAGUUCAUCUGUACCAACUCGACCCCAUAUGUGAUCGAUGGAGAUGGGCUCGAUUUCGACCUAGUAUUCUAGUUAACCAGAUGGGCGACCCAAAAAUGGAUUGGAACUGCAACUUUAGAUCCUCUGCAUCUCGAGCAGUAGACCACACUUUCACCUUCUUAUUUGACUCCAGUUAUGACCACCCAUUUGCAGGAAUGGAGAUGAAGCGUUGUCCGGCGGAAGAAAUGGUGGAGAGAUCAUCGGCGAUUCCAUCAAGUAACAAGAGAAACGAUAAUCAGGACAACCAUGAUAAUAGUAAUCAUAAUAACCAGGAGAUCAGGAAAAGACGCUUGACGGGUGAUCAGAUAAAAUCAUUAGAGAGGAGCUUCCAGGAGGAGAUGAAGCUGGAACCUGAAAGGAAGAUGAGGUUGGCUCGAGAGCUUGGUCUUCAGCCUCGUCAGGUGGCUGUUUGGUUCCAAAACAGACGUGCCAGGUGGAAAGCUAAACAACUAGAGCGUGUUUACGGCGCCCUUAAGCAUGAGUUUGAUGUCAUCUCCAGGGAAAAACAGAAGCUCCAAGAAGAGGUUAUGAAACUGAGAGCUAAGCUUGAGGAGCGAGCCACAGCGAAGCAAGGCUCCACAGUUCAUACAGAAGGCUCUGCCGAAGAGACUGUCGAGAGCGCAUCUGUUGCUAGUCGCAGCUCUAACAAGUUAAAUGGCUCAACAAACCACCCCCAGAUUGCUGAGUGCAGCAACUGCAUUUUCAAUUCCGAUGACUAUAAUCCGGCCUUACCACCUUUCUGGGUUGUCAUGCCUGGCUAUCCUUAGAAUAAUUGCUCAGUUUGUGAACAAAUUCAACUUUCAUAGAGAUCAAUGAGGUUGGCUAGCUGCUCAUAUGUUGGACUAAGCCAUAUAUAACUGGUUUUUGUUUUCUGGAUGCACUUUCUCACAUCCCCAGAAUUCUGCAAAAAUUUGAAUCCCUCGAGAGGUUUUGUUAUAAUU